AGAAUUUCCUAGGGAGGAAGGAGAAGGCUUCACUCAUUGAUUGGCUUCGGGGUAGAGGUGGUCUGUGGGUAGUGCGUUACAGGCUUUUUUGUAUAAGAUGUACUUCCGGUCAUCAUCUCACCAAAAUGCAGGUAUUGAGCUGGUUUUGGAAUUCAAAUGGAUAGCAAGAAGUUCAUCCAGUUGGUUGAGGAGAAAAAGAAGAGAAUCUUGGAGAAGAAAGAAGCCCCCUUGAAAUGGGAACAGAAGCUAGAAGCUGCUGCAAAGGCAAAAGCUGAUGCUGAAGCAAAACAGAAGAAGUUGAAAGUUGCGAAGCGUAAGGGAAAAUCUGCAUCAUCAUCUGAUGAUGAUAGUGACGGUCACAGCAGUGAUGCAGGGAGGACAGCAAAAAGAACUCACAGGAAGCCAUCACACAGGAAGCAUGGCUACUCUGAUUCAUCUGGUGAGAAUGAGAGAAAGAAAGAGAUGGAAUUCAGGCGGCGGUCAAAAAAGCGCUCCACAAGAUCAGAUAAUGAUAGCAGUAGUGAUGAAUAUGAGAGUGGGUCCGAGGAAGAUCACAGGAAGAAGCGAGCUCACAAGAGGAGGCAUAGGCACCGCAGUUUGAGGUCCAAUUCAAGUGAUUCAGAUUCUAGUGAUGAGAGUGAAGGAGAGAAUGCUUGGAAAAAUCAUGCUAGGCACCACAAACGCCAUCGCCGUUCCAGUGAUGAUUCUUCUGAUCCUGAUGGUAACAAACGUCAACAUGAAAGGCGCCACAAGCGCCAUUGCAGAUUCAGUGCAGAUGAUUCCAGAUCUUCAGAAUCUGAUCAUAAGCGAGAGAGGAGCCGGUCUUUGGAGAAGUCAUCAGAUGAAAACCAUGACGAAUUAGGUAAACCAAGGAAGCAUAAAAAAUGUAGUCAAUUGCACCGCCAUCAUCAUCACCGCCACCAUCACCACCAUCAUCACAACCAUAAUCCCCAUCGUACCAAUGACAGUUGUGAUCAUCAACCACAUCAUUUGCCUAAACAGAAUGAAAAACACUUGGAGAAUGGAGAGCACACGGAGCUUUAGCACAAGGUGAAUGGGAAUGUCAAUAAUGACCAUCAGUAAUGAUAUUUGAAAAUGGUGGAAACCCCUACUGACAAUGAAUU